AUGGGAAGUCCAGGCUCAUCAACAGCCUGCUCCAGUCGCUGGGCUCCAGCGCCCGCUGCGAGGAAGGUUUUUGUCGAGUCCUGGAGCAUGCAUGGCUUCAGGGAGCGCGUCCUCCUCUUCGACACGCCAGGAUGGCAGCUCGGGAGCGAGGCGCAGGCAGCGCCCGAGCUCGUGCAGCAAUGCCUCGGGGAGGCGGAGAGGAUGGGGGUGCCACCCGAGAUGCUGCAGGAGCGUUUGGUCUUGGUCCUGGUCCACCAGGCGGAGUGGAUCGAGCGAGACGUGGAGAACCCGAGUUUCCGGGAGCUGGUCGGUGGCCUUGUUCGGGCCGCAGCAGCCAGGUGCACCCAGCAGCCGGUGCUGGUGCCAGUCUUGACCAAGAAGAUCAAAGCAGUUGCAGUUCAGGCCUUUUCGAUGAAUUUGGAGGCUUGGAAGAAAGAGCUCCAAGGAGGGUCCCAGUUGGAGGUCUACAAGGCGGUGUGCAGUUCGAGCGGUGAUGCCUCCACGCGCGGCGCAGCCGUGCGGCACCUGCAGACGCUCCUGGCCCAAGCGUCGGCGAAGUCAUCGGGCAAGAUCCGCGAGACGGUCACGGAGCUCAUCGAGGAGCAGCUCCGGAAACGCUUGCAGAGCUGGGGACGCCUGGGCGACUCUCCCCACGCUUUGGCGCGGCGUUGGUUGUGGCUCGCGGCCCGCCACCGCGCGGUGCGGGUCAGAGGCUUGGGCUGCGAGAACUUCGGCGAGAAGGUGUGGGAAGAGGCCGAGAACAUGCGCAGGAGGUUGAAGCAGGCAGCUCUUGUGGUCGGCUUGCCCGAGGCCUCCGGGGACUGGCACACGGACCAACUCCGCAGCACGUGCGGCGCGAGCGGCGUGAGCCGCGGCUGCAGCACUUGCAGCAGUUGCACGGCCGAGGGCGGAGGAGGCCCAACCCCCCGGACGUUGGCCACGCCGAUGAGAGCUCAAACCCGGACUUGGGCCACACAAACGCCUGUGCUGCCACCGCGGCCGCCGGGCAAACCUGGAGAAAGCACCGGCCACGCGGAGAUGUGA